AUGGGGAGCCAGAUCCACCCUGUGGUGAAGAAACCAGUGCCUCAGGAGGCGGCUGCCUCCGUGUUUCCAGUAACUCCCCCGGCCCCUUCCAUACGGAAGGUUGAGGAGGAGGAUGAUUACCCCUACGAUCGUCUUUCUCCUCCCCCACCCUACCCAACUGCCCCGCCUGCGGUUCGGCCUGGAGAGCCAUCACAGGGACCGUCAGGGAUGCUUUCUCCCGGUUCCCUCGCCAGGCAGACCAUACAGUUUGUCCAACAGGUUAUGGGAAUGUCCCCUACCAGGGACUCCGGGGGUCAGCCAUCCACCCCAUCUGGGGCAUCCACCCUGUCGGGGACAGGGACCUCUCCUGGUUCCCUGGAGACAUCGGGGUCGUCCCCUCAGGGCGCCAUCACCCCUCCAGAGGAGGAGGAGAGUGAUGACUCAGAUGCAGGGGACACUGCAGGGUCCACUCCUCAGAGACCAGUCAGGACCACGAGGGGAAGACAGCCUCAGAGAUUGGGGGCUGUGCAGUGUCCGCUAAGGGCAGUGCCUAUGGGACAAAGACUGGUUUUAGUCCAUACCCCCUUUUCCACUUCUGACCUUCAUAACUGGAGACAGGGGCUUCCGCCGUAUCGGGAAAGCCCCCAGAAGUAUGUGGAUCUGGUGGGUCAGAUAAUUUCCACCCACCGGCCCCACGUCCCUGACCUCUUCACUCUCCUUACUGGCCUUCUGAGUGAAGAUGAACUCCGCCAGGUGCUGAAGGAGGCCCAUGCGUCCUAUGCUGCCUGGAGAGGGGAGCAGGUUGCCCAGGGGCGCUAUGAUGCGGGCAACUUGCCAGAACCUCUGGCAUUGAUCAGCCCUAACCCACCAGAGCCUGCAACCGACCCUAACAAUGAGUUGGGGAAUGUCUUGAUCAUGGCAGCACGAACUGCCGUCUUGGACGGACUCCGGAAAGGAGUCCCAAAAGCUAUUAACUUCCAUAGAGUGUAUGAAGCGAUACAGGGACCCCAGGAGUCCCCCACGGAAUUCCUGGUGCGUCUGAAGGAUGCCUUCCGUCGCUUCACAGACCUGGACCCAGAGGCUCCGGGAAAUGAGGCGGCUAUAAAAACAGCCUUUAUUGGCCAGUCAGCCCCAGACAUUCGGAAGAAGUUGCAGAAACUGACAGCCCCAUCCGCCCAACCCAUGGAAACCCUCAUACAGACUGCCUUUCAAGUGUUCCACCAGAGAGGGGAGGUGGAGGAGCCCGCGGAGUGGAGGGAGGUAGACCCUGAGGUCUGGUAUACAGGGACACCAGGAUUGGCCAAAUAUGCAACCCCUCAUCAAGUCCCACUGAAACCAGGGGCAUGCCCAAUUUCCGUGCGGCAGUACCCUCUCAAAAGGGAGGCCCGCAUUGGACUCCAGCCUAUAAUUCAGGCUUUCUUAGAGGCCGAUCUGCUGAUGCCAGUGUCCAGCCCAUGGUGUACACCCAUCCUUCCCGUACCAAAGUCGGAUGGAUCAUGGCGGUUUGUGCAGGACCUUAGGGAAGUAAAUGCCCGAACACUCCGACUGCACCCAAUGGUAGCCAAUCCCCACACCAUUUUGACCACCUUAACCAGAGAUCAAACUUGGUACGUGGUAGUGGACCUGAAGGAUGCUUUUUUCUGUGUUCCCUUGGCCCAGGAGUCACAGCCCAUCUUUGCAUUUGAAUGGUUAGAUCCUGAUGGUCCCAUAUCCCAUAAAAACCAGUUCUCCUGGAAGAGGAUCCCGCAGGGUUACUCUAACUCGCCUUCCGCCUUUCAGCGGGCUCUGUCCGCUGAUUUGAGCCAUUUCCAGCCACCCGCAGUGACCAUCUUGCAAUAUGUGGAUGAUCUUUUGGUCGCAGCAAAAACGGCGGACGAAGCGUCCGCACAAUCGGUGGCAUUAUUAAAUCACUUGGGUUCCUGUGGGUACAAAGUUUCCAAGUCAAAAAUCCAGUGGGUAUCCCAAAAGGUCCGGUAUUUGGGUUAUGUUUUGGAAAAAGGUACUCGGUACCUGCAUCCAUCCCGUAUCCAAGCGUUGAAUGAUUUAAAUCCUCCCCAAAAUGUGCAGGAGCUCCGUAGUUUUCUGGGAAUUGCAGGAUAUGGGCGACUGUGGGUCCCCGGGUUCUCUGUCUUGUCAAAGCCUCUGUAUGAAUUGACAGCCUUAAAUAUGGCUUGGGAAUGGACGGGCACCCACCAAAGGGCGUGGGAAGCUAUCCGGUCUGCUCUAGCCUCUGCAGCAGCCCUGGCAUUACCCGACCGGACCUUGCCCUUUGAGCUAUUUGUACACGAGAAACAAGGAGUGGCCCUGGCUGUUCUUACCCAGACCGUGGGUCCGGCCAGGAUGCCAGUAGCCUAUUUCUCCAAAAAUUUAGACAGCCCAGUCAAGGGGUGGCCAGCCUGCUUGCGGGCCAUUGCGGCAGCGGCAACGAUGGUUGAAGAGGCUUUAAAAAUCUCUGCAGGGAGCCCGAUACAUGUACAAUCCCCUCAUUCUGUGGCUGCUCUCCUAGAUCAAAAACUACCGGCCUGGGCGACCUCAGCCAGACUUACUCGCUAUGUGUCUAUUCUCUUGGAAAAUGACUCAGUGUCCUUACAUAAAUCUAACUGCCUCAAUCCAGCUACCCUGCUCCCUUUGCCAGCUGUCACCCCUGUCCAUGACUGCCUUAGAGUCUUGGCAGAGACGGUGGGUAUACGUCCUGAUCUCAGGAUGGAGCCCAUUGUUGAUCCAGACCUCUCCCUGUGGACAGAUGGGUCUUCUUUUGUCCUCAACGGACAAAGGUAUACAGGGUAUGCUGUGGUCACUGAGGAACACCCAGUAAUCUUAAAAAGACUGCCCCCACAGUGUUCUGCUCAAGUGGCCGAACUUGAAGCCCUGAUCGCUGCUGCCACCUACUGCCAGGGAAUUCGAGCGAAUAUCUACACUGACAGCCGAUACUCAUUCCUGGCCGCACACACCCAUGCUUCCUUAUGGAAGGCUAGGGGCUUUAGGGGUGCAGAUGGAAAAACCUUAAAAAUGAAGCCGCUUCUGGAAAGACUUUUCUCGGCCCUUCUGCUGCCCUCAGAAAUAGCUGUGAUUCACUGCAGGGGGCAUCAGACAGAUGAUGGCCCCGUGACACGGGGAAAUCGCCUGGCUGACACCUGUGCCCGACACGCGGCGCAAAUGGAAAGGGAGGAGGUCAGAGGACUACACCCAGCUUGGGAACCGAAGGGGACAGCAUGUGUGGGAGCCCUAAUUCCAGUCACCCCCACCCAGAUGCCUUCAAUCUAUGAUGCAAGGGACCACCUAAGCCCAGACGGGAAAUGGGUGAACGGGUGGUGGGUGGUGAAUGGGCGGAUACAACUCCCUAGUGCCCUAGUCCCCCAUGUCAUUAAGAAUAUGCAUACUAGCACACACCUUGGAGCGUGCACCCUUUACAGGUGGCUGAAGCAGAGGUACAGCAACAAGGGGCUGCGGCAGGCAUGCCGAAAUGCCUCAAAAACAUGUCCAAUAUGCCAAAGGAACAACCCUAAAACAGGGGUGCCAGUCCCAAGGGGAAGGCUGCGCACUGCCAGGUACCCUGGGGAGGCCUGGCAGGUGGAUUUUACUGAAAUGCCAAAACAGGGAACCAAACAUAACCUCCUAGUGUUUGUGGAUCUGUUCAGCGGGUGGCCGGAGGUGUUUCCAACCCGCACCCAAACAGCCCGGGAGGUAGUCAUGGCCCUGGUUGAAUCCAUAAUUCCGAGGUUCUCUGUCCCAAGGGGCCUCGAGAGUGACAAUGGGCCUCACUUUACCUCAAAGGUGGUUCAGGAGGUUUGCAAAUUGUUAGACAUCCCGUGGUUUCUGCACUCUGCAUAUCACCCAGAGUCCUCCGCGAAGGUUGAAAGAAUGAACCAAAGCCUGAAGAUUAAUAUUGCCAAGCUGUGUCAGGAAACUAAUCUGAAAUGGCCUAAGGUCUUACCCUUGGCCUUGACCCGGGUCCGAGCGGCCCCAUCCUCUCGACUGGGAUUGUCCCCAUUCGAGCUGGUGUAUGGCCGCCCUUUUGUUGCCUCGGAGCUGAUGGACCCUCCCGAAACCACCCAGGCAUACCUUAGAAAACUCGUAGGGGAUCUGUCUGCUUUAUCUCUCCAGGUCUCAGCAGCCUUGCCGGUGCGCCCAGAUCUACCCACUACGGUGCACCCGGGGGAUUGGGUCCUGGUGAAGGAACUACAUCCCAAUUGCACUGAGCCCAAGUGGUCAGAGCCAAAGCAGGUCCUUCUCAGCACACCCACAGCAGCAAGGGUCGAAGGGUUGAAAGCCUGGGUCCAUAUCUCCCGCCUGAAGCCAGUCCCAGCACCAGCAGACGAGUGGGCGUGUGAGCAGUUAGGCCCGUUACGCCUAAAGAUCCAGCGCCACACCCAGAGUUCUCCACCCCCAAGAAGUCAGGAGGCGGCAGUCUUGCAUACCGGGAGGACCGUUCCUGUCCACACCGACCUCCCUGCAGACCCAGACGAACAACUGGACUUCGUGUAUAUCGGGGACGGCAAAUUCAUUGAUGUAACUGAUGUUGAUGGGUGUUGA